AUGUCGAAAGAGAAAGUGGAGAACGGCGACGUCGAGAUCCGCGAUGUGUGGGCCAGAAACCUCGAAUCUGAGAUCUACGUGAUCCGCAACAUCGUCGGCGACUUCCCUUUCAUCGCCAUGGACACCGAGUUCCCCGGCGUCGUCGUCCACGACACCGGGGCCUUCCAGGAACUCGUCGACGCCAACUACCAGUACGUCCGCGCCAACGUCGACCGCCUCCACCUCCUCCAGCUCGGCCUCACCUUCUUCAACGCCGCGGGCAGCCUCCCCGCCUCCCCCGACUCCGGCCGCCCCGUCGUCUGGCAGUUCAACUUCCGGGAGUUCGAUGUCGGCCGCGACCCCUCCUCCGCCCAUUCCGUAAAAUUCCUCGAGAAAACCGGGAUGGACUUCAAGAAGAACCAGGAGGAAGGUGUGGACGCGAAGUUGUUCGCGGAGCUCUUCAUCCCCUCCGGCACCGUUCUCGACGACUCCGUCUACUGGGUAGCUUUCCAAAGCGCCUUUGACUUCGCGUACCUGCUAAAGAUCCUCACUUGUAAGCCGUUGCCGGAGACUCGGGAAGGGUUCUUCGAAAUCCUCCAAAAGUUCUUCCCCCUCUUGUACGACAUCAAGCGCGUGAUCCAUUUGAAUGACAAUUUCCACGGAGGCCUCAACUCGCUAGCUACCUUGUUGGGGAUCGACAGGGUCGGGAUCGCCCACCAUGCCGGCUCCGAUAGCUUCGUCACGGCUCAGGUCUUCCUCAAGCUGCGGGGCCACCCCGUUGUUGGGUCCAUGGAGAAUUAUGUCGGCUUGGUGUUUGGUUUGGAUGCGGAGACUGCACAGAUUUUUAGCAAGAAGUCAUGA